GGAGCUCUGGCGGCCGUGGCCGCCGCCCCCUCAGUCCAUUCAGAGCCGGGGCCAGAGCGCCCUUCGCAGCUGCUCGCUGGCUCUCUCGCUCGCUGGCUGCACGGAGGGGCGAGGAGGAGCCGGCUGCCGUCGGAUGCGGCGUCCCUUGCUUCCAGGUCCCCCUCCCCCCGCGCGGUCGCCUGUCUGUGGGCGGGGGCGGGCCAAGCCCAGGCCCCUCUCCCCCCGGUCCCGUGCGCGCAGCUGAGGCGGCGGGAGGCUUCGCUUUUCUGAAGGAAGGCUCUCCUCCCCCUUGUCUCCCCCCGCAGAGCCAUGGGGCACCCCCCGCUGGAGUUCCGCGACUGCUACCUGGACAGCCCCGACUUCCGAGAGCGGCUGAAGUGCUACGAGCAGGAGCUGGAGAGGACCAACCGCUUCAUCAAGGACGUCAUCAAGGACGGGAACGCGCUCAUCGGCGCCAUCCGCAAUUAUUCAUUGGCUGUACAGAAGUUCUCUCAGACUCUUCAGUCAUUUCAGUUUGACUUUAUUGGAGACACUUUGACAGAUGAUGAGAUUAAUAUUGCUGAAUCCUUUAAGGAGUUUUCAGAGCUUCUCCAAGAGGUGGAACUUGAGAGAUCAAUGAUGGUGCAAAACGCUAGUGAUUUGUUGAUCAAACCACUGGAAAACUUCCGCAAGGAGCAAAUUGGAUUCACCAAAGAACGGAAAAAGAAAUUUGAGAAGGAUGGUGAGAAGUUUUACUCCAUGUUGGAUCGCCAUGUAAACUUAUCUUCAAAGAAAAAAGAAUCCCAGUUGCAAGAAGCUGACUUGCAGGUGGAUAAAGAGCGGCACGUGUUCUUUGAGUCUUCCUUGGAAUAUGUGUAUCAGAUCCAAGAAGUGCAAGAGAGCAAGAAGUUCAGUAUUGUGGAGCCCGUGUUGGCUUUUCUUCACAGCCUCUGCACCUACAACAACCUGACCGUGGAGCUGACGCAGGACUUUCUGCCCUACAAACAGCAGCUUCAGCUCAGCUUGCAGAAUACAAGGAACCACUUCACUAGUACACGUGAGGAGUUGGAAGACCUCAAGAAAAGGAUGAAAGAAGCUCCGCUCGCAUGCAAGCUGCCUGGGAAGCCGACCAUAGAGGGUUAUCUAUAUUCACAAGAGAAAUGGGCACUGGGCAUCUCGUGGGUCAAAUACUACUGCCAGUACGAGAAGGAGACAAAGAUGUUAAGGAUGACCCCCAUGGAGCAGAAGCCCGGCUCAAAGCAAGGUACCUUACACUUGAUGUUGAAGUCGUGUGUGAGGAGGAAGACAGACUCCAUAGACAAAAGGUUUUGUUUUGAUGUUGAGACGGUGGAAAGACCUGGGCCCAUCACCUUGCAGGCUCCUUCAGAGGCAAAUCGACGGCUCUGGAUGGAGGCCAUGGAUGGGAAGGAGCCAAUCUACCGCAGUCCUAUCACAAAGCAGGAAGAAAUGGAGCUGAACGAGGUUGGCUUCAGAUUUGUCAGGAAAUGCAUCAAUGCAGUAGAGACAAAAGGGAUUGCAACUGAAGGCGUGUAUCGAACUGUUGGCAGCAACAUCCAAGUCCAGAAGCUCUUGAAUGCCUUCUUUGACCUCAAAUGCCCAGGGGAUGUGGACUUCCAAAACAGUGACUGGGACAUCAAGACAGUUACCAGCUCCUUGAAGUUCUACCUCAGGAACCUCUCUGAACCUGUCAUGACAUACAAACUUCACAAAGAAUUGGUCUUGGCUGCCAAGUCUGAGAACCUGGAUUAUAGGCUGGGUGCCAUUCAUUCUCUGAUCUAUAAACUCCCUGACAAGAACCGGGAAAUGCUGGAAAUGCUCAUCAGGCAUCUGGUUCACGUGUGUGAACACAGCAGGGAGAACCUGAUGUCUCCAUCUAACAUGGGGGUGAUAUUUGGUCCCACCCUCAUGCGAGCUCAGGAGGACACAGUCGCAGCAAUGAUGAACAUUAAGUUCCAGAACAUAGUGGUGGAGAUCCUCAUAGAGCACUUUGAUAAGAUAUAUUCCGGCCCCCCUGAGGACAACGCAGUGCCACCAAUGCCUCCUCCACGGGUGGCCCCUCGGAGGCACAAGCCCAUCACCAUCUCAAAGCGCCCUCUGAGGGAGAGACCAGUCUUCUUCGGAGGCUCCGUGGAAGAACAUGAAGAAGACGACCGUGGCCACACCCCCAAUGGCACAGUCACCCCUGGUGAAGCUCCCAAACCCCUCCUGCGGAGCAGGCUGCCUUUGCAAAGGGCAGGAGAGGUUGACCCUGGAAAGCCCAGCCUGGAAAGCCGGCCAGAGCACUGUCCAGAGGUGGAUGUGGGGAAACUGGUGUCCAGGCUCCAGGACAGCGGGCCAAAGCCCUCCAGUAAAGCUGCAAAUGGCCUCAUGCCUGGGGCUAGCUCUCUGAAGGCCUCCACUCUGCAUGCCAAGAGGCCUGCUCCAAGACCAGGGGCCUGUGGCAAGGAAGGCGACUGCGAAGGCUUCACAAAAGCACGAUCAUCUGGAGAGAAAGCGGUGAUAACACGUCCUCCGGUGAGACCCCCAGAUCCUCCCUGCAAAACUCCCACCCCUCAAACGGCUGAGCCAAAGCCAGAGCUGAUGACAGGCGGAAUGGGGAACGCUCACGCCUCUGUUGUGGCCUCCAGAACAAAGUUCUUUGAGACGGCUUCCUUCAGGAGAGGAAGCUCUUCAUCACCUCAAGCUAGACUCUCAAGUGAUGAGACCUGAAGGGCCAACGACUUUACCACGGCUGGUCCUGGCUGGUUCCAGGGAAAUCCCUCCUCGCUCCCCACACCGAUUCUCCUGCCUCUGGUACAGGAGGCAUGCUACAUAGACCAGCUGUCCUCAGGAUCCUGUCUUUCAAGCAUGCCAUUGCAAACAGUUGACGUUGCUGCAAGCAACGGAUGUUUCUGGGGGAAGAGGGUAUAUUUAUGUUGCCAUUAAUUCCAAAAAGUAGCCCACCUGUUUGUUCCUUCUCCCUCUGCGUUUCUACCAUUGCUUGUGUCCAAAGAGCACUUCUUCUUGUUCUUCUCCUGUGGAAUGCCCAGUAGAGGCUGGCAUGUUGUGGCACUGCUGGCCUGGGAGGAGAGUUGAAGGUGGUGCAGAACAAUUGAAACUGCACUUGUUUCACAGCCCAUUACUUGGCAAGAACCUGCCAUCUAAGGAUUUGUGUGCUGGGCUGUUGAUGCACUGACAGUGUUAAGACAAAUCAUUUUAAGUUCUUUUCUUUUUUAAGGACUAAGGUUAUGUACACUUGAGGUCUGCAACAACAAGGUUGCAGCGGAUAAAAUGCUGAAAACUCCCUUGCCAAGAUAAAUGGCUUGGAGCUCUGCCUCCUACAACAAGCUAAUUUGCAUUGAGGGUAUGGGGUGGGACUGUUGGUUUUUCUCUAAAUCCUUUGUAAGAAUGUGAACACUUAUACAACUGGGGUUCUCCCCCACAGCAAGAAUGGCAUUGGACACUGAAGAAGGAAUUGCUGGCACAUCCCUCUGAUGGCACUUUCUGUAAUGGCCAAAGCAGCUGUCAGCAAUUUGGAACUUCUGCUGUCUCACUUGCUUUGGCUCUGCGUCUUCUGUUGGGCCUUGUUCCACUUCCAUCUUGUGCUGGCAUGUGGCAGGACUAUCCUUCAAUGUUUUUAUUUCAGUGCUAACUGUCCUGCAACAGAUGCAAGCAAGACUGUUUGGAUGCCAAGGCCUUUUACUUGGUGCCUCCCUGUCCCUGUUGCACAUGGCCACUUAGCCAUUGACAUGGCAAGGGGCCUCAGCAUAGAUGUUCGUUCUCCUACUUCCAGCCCAUGUGUAGUGCACCUUCUCCUUUAGAUUCUAUUGCUAUGAAGAACUCUGUUCCCAUUGCAACAUAUACUGUUCCUGUGGACCAAAGCACAAAAUAUCAAGGUAAUCCUUCACAGAUAAGGCUUUGGCACUGACAUUUGUGUGCCUUGUGAAUCCUGCUUCCUUUCUGCGUGUAAGGCUGGCUUCUGCAGAAUGCUAUGCUAGAGACGUGACACAUUUGCUUGUUUCAGCGUGUGCUAUGUUCACUUGCACGCAGGCUUAGCAGCAGCAUAGAAUAAAAGUUGUGCCGCAUGGCCAUGUUGGUGUUUAUGCUGUUCCCGCCCACUUGGACUCUCAGAAGUUGCUAUCCAAACCAGAGUGAUGUCUGUUUGAGGUCCAGCUUUUUAACAGCAAGUCCAUUGAUGUAAUUGUAGAUAGAUCUAGUGAAGAUCUAAUGAAGUUUAAAAAUCAUCAUGUCCCCAGUUGAGCAUGGUCAGGCACAUCUAAAACCUUGGAAGAAAGUCCUUGGGUCUCACAUGGUUGGUUGUGUAAGUUCUUGAGGUUGUAGUGACAAGAUGUUCUUGGUCCAUGAUUCCAAGUAAUCAGUCAAUGGAUUCCACAGACAUCUCCCAUCAGAAGCAACUAGGGCAGAUGUGGAGAACCUUUGGCCCUCCAGAUGUUGCAGCUCCCAUAAUCCCUAGCUAUUGCCCAUGCUUUCAAAGGCUGAUGGGAGUUGUAGUUCAGCAGCAUCUGGAGGGCCAAAGGUUCCCCUCACCAGAACUAGGGAAAACACCAAAGAUGCAAUUGACACCAGAUAGCAGUAGUUGAUAUACAAAAUAGCAUUCUUCAUUGCAGCCCUUGAAAUCUAAUUUUGUGGGCAUUCUCUCCAUAGAAGUAGCAAGGCGGAUGGAGUUGAGUACUCUCAAGAUCACAUGUGUGUGAUAUUGGUACAUCUUUCCUCAGGUCUGCUUUCAUCAUAGGCUAAAAGAUGCCCAGCAAUGCCACUCUCUUGUUUUGUGAAUUUCAAGGCACUUAAGAUAUCAUCCACCUGUUGUGUUUUGUCUAGUAAAAUGAUUAGAUUAGCUGUAGUAAUGUUUUUUCGUGGAUUAA